AUGGCACCCUCUGCAAUUCCGAAAAAGCGCAAGGUUCUCGAUAGCUUACAGGGGAAAACUGCCCAUCCGAAGAAGAAGUUCAGGAAGCAACUUGAGUACCACAGCAGCUCUGACGAUGAGGAGGAAACAGAUUUCCAAGCAGUCAAUCUCGCCGAUUCAGACGAAGAGAAUGAACAACCAGCGCUUCAAAAGAAAGCGAAAACCUUAGGUUCACGGAAACCAAAAGAAAGCGAACAUGAUGAUGCAGACUCUGAAACCAGCGAUGAUAACGCAGACGACGAAUCAAAUUCGGAAGCAUCUUCAGACUCGGACGACGGAUCACAUUCCGACUCCUCCAUGGCUACUUCGAACAGGAGUCGACAGAGGAACGUAUCGAAGCGCAAUGAUCCUACAGCUUUCUCUACAUCUAUUUCCAAAAUUCUCUCUACCAAACUCCCUACUUCUGCUCGAGCGGAUCCUGUCCUGUCCCGCAGCAAGGCAGCUGCGCAGGUCAGUACAGAUUUUGCCAAUGAGAAAAUAGAAAGGCUCGCGCGGGCCAGGCUUCGCGCGGAGAAGAAGGAAGAGCUGGAUCGGGGCCGCAUUCGCGACGUCAUGGGUAUCGAGCGGGGUCAGGCUGGUGAAGUGGCCGAGGAGGAGAAGCGGCUACGCAAGAUUGCGCAGCGCGGUGUAGUGAAGCUUUUCAAUGCCGUUCGAGCAGCGCAGGUCCGUGGUGAGGAGGCUGCCAAAGCAGAGAAGAAGAAAGGAACGAUUGGACUCGACGAGCGAGCGAAGGCGGCCAACGAGAUUAGCAAGCAAGGGUUCUUGGAGCUGAUCGGUGGGAAGAAGGGGAAAGAGAUCAGCAUAGAGGAGGCAUAA